AUGACGACCUCGUUGAACCGUAUCCCAAUGCAGCAUUCGCCAACACAGAUACGCGACGCCGCAACGGCAGUCGCAAAUGCACUUUCCCCAAACACCAUAUACGCGGUUGUUGGCGGUGCUGCUUGCUGCGUCCUGGGUGAGAAUCGAACGACACAGGACGUCGACUUCGUUGUCUUGCGAGGCCAGGCUUUCGCCGCGCGACAGCUGCUGCGAGCAUCGGAUGAUUUCGACGUCGAACCCAGAACCAAGUAUACCACCUUCAAGGGCAUAAUGCCUGUUGACAUUGAGGUACUCGCACCUCCCACGAUGUUCAAAGAGGCGUUUGAUGAGAACACCGAAGUGGUCACUGUUGGGAACAUCAAGGUCCUUAAGCCUGCUUUGCUGCUCAACGCAAAAUGCCGUACAGUUGUGGAGCGCUCGACUGGUGACAAAAGGUCAUCCGAUGCCCAGGACAUAAUAUUCCUCUUACGGUACUGUGCUCAGCAUGCAGAGUACCUUCCAAAGGCUUCGGAGGUUCCCAAUGCGACCAAGCAGUUCGUCCAGGUGUUCAUCCAGAAAUAUCAGGGCCAGGAGUCUUGGGUUAGAGCUGGAUAUGACCUGGAAACCGCCAAUAUGCGCCCAUGCAAGAAUGAUCAUGCUGUAUAUGCCCGCGUCCUCGGGUCAGGUCCCGAUCAGCAACCUUCACUCGACAAUGAUGAAAGCUCGCCUGUUACAUGGGGAAUUGGAUGGCGAUGUCCAACUCUAAUGGUUGGUCUCCUUCUUUGCGGCGCCGGCCUGGCAACGGGCCAUCACUUCUACUACCGCAGCCUCGACAACACCCUCGUCAACUCAGCCGAUCAACAAGCGUGGGCGAUUCGAAUCGGCACUGCACUUGCUUUCUUAGUCAAGUCUUCCCUAGUGUCUGCCGUUGGGAUUGCAGCAGCACAGGAAAUAUGGGCCACUCUGCGCCGGAAGAGUGUGAAGCUCAGCGGGAUUGAUGGCAUGUUCGCCGUGCUAUCCAACCCAAUGUCUUUUUUCAUCCCCGACAUGUGGAUGUACGCGAAGACGCUCACUCUAUUGGCCAUAAUAUCUUGGCUCAUCCCGCUGACGGCUGUUGUAACGCCUUCGACCCUGGCCGUGCAUCUCGAAACGACCAACAGAACUAUCCAGUCACAAGUCCCUACUGUUAACUUUACCGAUGCCUUCUGGGAUGAUAUGGUAACAACUGCAGGAGCGGGAAGGAUCCGGUCACCCUCAGCGGCCAUCAGCCGCCUGUUCACAGCUACUUCCUCGUCUCUCGAGGUCGUUCCCGUCCCUGCACUUUUCCCAAACUCCUCUUACACUCUCGAGUUCUGGGGCCCGUCGUACAAGUGUCAGCGACUGAGCGAAGUUAUUGUACAGACACAGGGGUUGAAUUACUCUGAUGUCCUUGGGAAUCAAUACGACUCCUUUCAAGCACUGUGGGAUCAUGAGAUUGGGAACGUAACUCGACCAGUGCCAACUAUCAUCUCCUCCGGGGCUGUUCCUAGUGCCCUCAACAAUACUUUCUUUAUCUGGGCCUCUGGAGCAAACCUGCUGUGGAACGACAACGCCACACAACCAACCGAGCUCGUCUGUCAGCUCUGGAAUACCUCAUACGUGGUCGACAUGACCUUCACAAACAGCAUCCAGACCCUGACACCCAUAUCGGCCGAGCACGUGGCCCCGGCCAACUGGAGUCGAGAGGAGGGUUCUAACUCUCUGCUUAACAAGAACCUCCGAGCUCCUGAGGUCAACCCGGGUUUCUUCACGGUCCACUUGCUGUUCUCCGGCCUUAUCCAGGGCACCCUAUACGCCAGCGUCUCGAUGGAACUAACAGAGAACAAAACCUCCUCUUCCAUGACCCCAUUCACCACAAUGUCAAUCGUGCAGAGCGGUCUCUUCGCAUGUCCAGACAUGUGGAACACCAGUGCAUAUGUCUACGGCAAUGAUGAGACUACCUUGUGCCGCAACAGGACGCUAGCACGGGCAAUAGAAGACCUCUCGCACAAUUUCACCUACAGCCUCCUUAGUCUCAACGCCGGCAAUGACAGAGUCCCCAUGACUGUCUCAACCCCGCGCAACUUCUACAGCUACAGCAGAGCAAACCUGCUUAUAGCCUAUGCGGUCGCGCUGGGAGCCACUGUUGCAUGCGUUAUCGUUGGCUUUCUCGCAUUGCACGAGAAUGGCGUUUCCCAAAGCACCUCGUUCUCGAGUGUUCUGUUGACAACGCGGAAUCCCGAAUUGGAUCAGCUGGCCGUUGGCCACUGCUUGGGAGCCGAUCCUGUGGCAAAAGAGAUUGGCAACGUCCGGUUGCGAUUUGGAGAACUUCAAAACGAAGACCCUCGAUACAAGCAUGCGGCAUUCGGGACCAAGGGAUCGGUAACAGCUUUGACUAAAGGAGAGGAGUACUAUUAG